CUCGCGGGGGCGGGGGUUCCCGGCGUCCAAUGGCGAGGCCAGAGCAUUUUAGGAAGUGCUUGACUCCGCGGCUGGGGGAGGGCGCCUCGCCGGAAAGUCAGCUGGCGAGUCUGCGGAGCGCGGUCGCACCGAGUGGCCCCUGAUGGGUGGACAGGUAAGCGCUUCUGGCAACUUCCAGAGCUGCGGUACAAAUGCAGACUGGAUGUCGGCGUUGUGCCCCCUGCUCUGGGAUGUGCCUCUGCACCACCUGUCCAUCCCAGGGAGUCACGACACCAUGACGUACUGCUUGGACAAGAAGUCGCCCAUUGCACAGAGCCAGUCCCGGCUGCUGCAGCUGCUGGGCAAGGUCCUUCCCUGCAUCACACGCCCCAUCGUGCUCAAGUGGUCCACCACCCAGGUGCUGGGUGUCACGGAGCAGCUGGACGCCGGGGUGCGGUACCUGGACCUGCGGGUCGCGCACAUGCCGGAGGGUUCGGAGAAGAACCUGCACUUCGUGCACAUGGUGUACACGACUGCGCUGGUGGAGGACACCCUCAAGGAGAUCUCAGAGUGGCUGGAGAGCCACCCCCAGGAGGUGGUCAUCCUGGCCUGCAGGGACUUCGAUGGCCUGACGGACAACCUGCAUGAGUACCUAGUGGCCUGUAUCAACAACAUCUUUGGGGACAUGCUGUGUCCCCGAGGGGAGGUGCUGACAUUGAACCAGCUGUGGACACGCGGCCAGCAGGUCAUUCUGUCCUACGAGGAGGCGAGUGUCGUGAGCCGGCACAGGGAGCUGUGGCCUGGGAUCCCCUACUGGUGGGGGGACCAGGUGAAACCCCAGGAGCUCAUCCACUAUCUGGAGCACAUGAAGAGGUGUGGCCGCCCAGGCGGGCUGUUCGUGGCGGGCAUCAACCUGACAGAGAACCUGACGUACAUCCUGGCGCACCCGUCCGAGUCCUUGGAGAAGAUGACGCUCCCCAACCUGCCGUACCUGCGCGCGUGGGUGCGCGAGCAGUGCCCUGGGCCGGGCGUGCGGUGCACCAACAUCAUCGCGGGGGACUUCAUCAGGGUGGACACGUUUGUCAGCGAUGUCAUCAGGCUCAAUGACAAGCUGCUGCGAUGCUGACACGGAGCACGGGCGCAGGUGGGGGGGGCAUGCGGGGCAGGGUCCACCUUCCCCCAUCCACGGAGCGCCCCCCGUGGGUGACACCCAGCCUCACGGCUCCUGGGGGCGGGAGUGGAAAGCACACACUGGUGAUCAGCCGAGACGUGUG